AUGGCAAAUCAAAAUCAUUCCACAGUGAGUGAAUUUAUCCUCACUGGAUUAACAGAGAAACCAGAGCUCCAGCUGCCCCUCUUUCUCCUCUUCCUGGAAAUCUACGUGUUCACUGUGGUGGGGAACCUGGGUAUGAUCACCCUAAUAGGGCUCAGUUCAUCCCUGCACACCCCCAUGUACUACCUCCUCAGUAGUCUCUCCUUCAUUGACCUGUCCUGUUCCACUGUCAUUACCCCCAAAAUGCUGAUCAGCUUUGUGACAGAAAAGAACAUGAUCUCCUACACUGAAUGCAUGACUCAACUCUAUCUCUUCGUGUUUUUUAUUAUCUCAGAGUGUCACAUGUUGGCUGCAAUGGCGUAUGACCGCUAUGUUGCCAUCUGCAGCCCCCUACUUUACAAUGUCACCAUGUCUCCUCAAGUUUGCUGCUGGAUGGUAGCUGGGGUGUACAGUGUGGGUUUGGUUGGUGCCACGGCUCACACCGUCUGCAUUGCUUUUAAUUUAUUCCUCCCAACACUGGCUAUACUUUCCUCCUACAUCUCCAUCAUCGCCAGCAUCCUCCGCAUUCGCUCGACCUCAGGCAGGUCCAAAGCCUUCAGUACUUGCAGCUCCCACAUCUCAGCAGUAGGUGUCUUCUUUGGUUCUCUUGCAUUUAUGUAUCUGCAGCCUGCAUCAGUCAAUUCCAUGCACCAGAAGCUAUAUUUCUCGAGUGUCUGCAUCAGUGAAUUACUGGUUUUGUUCUUUAGUGCAUCUAACACCCUGAUGGCCACAUUACCCAUCCUUACCUCCUACACCAACAUCAUAGCCAUCAUUUACUCCACUGUCAGCAGGUCCAAAGCCUUCAGCACUUGCAGCUAUCAUAUCUCAGCUGUUUCUGUCUUCUUUGAUUCUUGUGCAUUCAUGUACCUGAAAGGCUCAUAA